UUACUUUGGCGUGGCUGGCUGCCUCCACGUGGAGGUGUUUUGACCCCUCACGCCCCUCAACGCCAACGCCCGAGAAGAACAAGAAGAGGACUGGAAUGACACGCUGGCGCGUGCGUGCAAUCGAGUCAGGAGAGGACAGAGUGGACUCAUGUCGACGACGUUGCUCUAAUUUUUUGAAUUCUCUUGUGGAAUAGAACGUGUGCCGAGUGGACUUGUAUACGUCACCUAUAUCGGCGGUGUUUCGGUCUGUGUCAAGAUGCAUCGACAGGAUUCGCCGGCUGCAAACCAGGAAGCGCGUGAUGAGAUACAGUCUUCAUCAAGCGAGCGGAUCUCAGAGCAAGAGUUCUCCUGCCACUGCUGCUUUGAGGUCCUGGUGAACCCGACCACCUUGACCUGCGGCCACAACUACUGCCGCCACUGCCUGGCCCUGUGGUGGGAGUCCUCCCGAAAGAACGAGUGUCCCGAGUGCCGCCAGAGGUGGGAGGGCUUUCCCAAAGUCAACAUACAGCUGAGUCAGGCAACUGCCAAGUUGUUCACCGAGGUCGUGCAGCGGAGGCGAGCGGAGAUCCAAGACAACCCCAAAAUCUCCCGAAUCGUACAAGCUUUUGAGAGGUAUGGCGACGAUCUGGGCAAGUCGAGGACCAAGCAGCACAAAGCAGCGGGAUUUUUAUUUUUCUUCUCUGGCGUCUUUGCUGCCCUCUUGUGUGGUGCGGCGUCGUUGCUGUUGUAUCAGGGGAGCAGCAGCCACGAGGUGGACCAGGAGGACCCGUUUGUCAGUCAUCCUGCUUUGGGAUGGACCGCAGAGGAAAUGAUUUUAUGGCUGACGCACAUGGGACCUGAACUGUCCAGCAAGUCCUUCCUGCCAGGCAGUGUCAAUGGCAGAUUACCGAGGACGCCAGGGAAGAAGGAGCCGUGGAAUCCGCCGGAGGACAUCCAGAACGAGGCGUACCGCAACGCCAUUCUGACGGAACUGUACAGACUCCAAGGCCUUGAAGUCAGACCUCAGAACCUGUGGGAAUACAAGGCAGCCCAUUCGGGGAAGUCCCUGUUCCUGCUUUACGGCAUGAAGCGCUCCCCUCGCCUGACGCUCUUCUACUUGUACUUGUUUGACUAUUCGGAAACCUUCCUGCCCUUCCUGCACACCUGCUGCCCGUCCAUCGCCCUCGCCGGUCAACCGGUAGAGAGCCGGCUCUCUGACGCACAGACAGAACCCAGCUGGCAACAGUGGACUGAGUUCACCGUCAAGUACUUCCUGCUCCCAUACCAGCUGAUAGCGGAAUUCGCCUGGGACUGGCUUUCCGUCCACGACUGGACUUCUUGCAUCGUCAUCGUCCACGCCGUGCUACUGUCGAUGCUGGAGUGCUGUUCUCUGUGGAAACUCUGGACCACGGCUAGAAUCAGGACCCUACCUAGCAUGAUGUGGAACUACGUGUGGUCGAUGUUGUAUCAGGGACUGGCCUUCGCCCUCAUGUGGCCUUUGAUGCCCCAGCUGGUCUGCAACUGCCUCUUCUACUGGGCCCUCUACAUCAGCCCCCUCAUCAACGUAGACCUGUUGGUGCAACAGCUGCGGCACCCGCAAACGCCGGCGCAUUGACGCAAAUGGGACGGAACAAACGCCCGCCGGGUCGCACGUCGUUUGCUCCGCUGCAAACGUCCGCGCGGCCGCUUCGUUUGCUGCGUGAAGUUCUGCUUUGUCCCGGUGCGAAACAAGAUGGACAGAACAACGACGGCAGCGCUGCGCUUUCGCGAGUCGUGUUGCCGAAAGGGGGCCGAGAAGCGCUCAUUUGCGCGCUUACGGUGGUCAAACUGAGCCUCGCCGUGUUCUUGUUAAAGUUGAGGAAUUGUUAUUCAUUUAAUUUACCUGAAUUAUAAGUGCAUCGUUUAAAAUGUUUCUGGAAACUUGUGGGGAACAAAUGUUUUCACGCAACUCUCCAACAAGAAUGCCAGCUUUUAAUUUUAGCAAGAAGCUUCCAGAAUAGAUUAGCUUUAUUAAAUGAAUAAGUUUAAUAAAUGAAGCUUUCUACAUUUUUUUAAAAAAUUAAUACAUCCAAAAUAAUGUGUAUAUCUCCUACAACUUGAUUUUGUUCAUUUGCACUUAAAUGUUCAACACUGUGAUUUCUACCUGCAGCCUUUUUCAUGUGCAUUGAAAAUAAA